ACCGUGUUCGUGCCGUGAACUUUUCACAGUCAUACGAAAACUACACUAUCAUCUACGCGCGCAGCGACGGCCUACUCACUACUGGGUAACUGGGUAAUAUCUGAGCAGCCAUCGUACUCUCAUCUUGAUAUUUCUACUCGACAGCUUCAUUCGUGUGAUCGAACCAUUCGAAACCUCUACAUAUCCUUGUUCUCACAUCAUCUACUCAGCUCAACGAAAUGGCAAUACUAUCAGAGGAAGCUAUCGAGAAGAUUGGCAGCUUUGGAAGGCUUCAGAUACGAAUCCUACUCAUUAUCAGCUAUUCAAUCCUAUUUAGUACUUGUGUGUUGAUGGUAAUGACGUUCAUCACAGCCGAGCCUCCCUGGAGAUGUGCUGCGAACUCUACUUCAUGUACGAUGAACGGAACCUUUAAAGUAGGGGACAACCAUUAUGAAAAACGAUGUGGUAUUCCACGUAAGGACUGGGAAUUUGCUGCAGAGGGGGAUUUUGAUUCUAUUGUAACUGAGUGGGAUCUUGUCUGUAAGAAAGCCUCAUUGGCAAGUUUGGCAAACUCUUUGCUAUUCAUAGUAUGGCUGUUCGCUUCCUUGUUGUCCAGUGUUUUGAGUGAUAAAUACGGCAGAAAGGCAGUUAUAUUUCCAUGCAGUGUCUUUACCUGCAUCUGUGCAUUGGCCUCGGCAUUUGCCCAGCGUUACUGGGUGUUUGCACUCUUUAGAGCACUGGCUGGCGUCGGGAUAGGUGGAUACCUAGCACCUUCAUUUGUGUUGGUGACGGAGUAUGUUGGCGUUCGUCAUCGCGGUGCUGUCGGCUUCGGGAUAUGGUUCGCCUGGGUGUUAGCUUUGAUGUUGUUAUCGUUGCUAGGAUACCUUAUCCAUAGUUGGCGUUUCCUCACUGUUAUCAUCAGUGCACCAGGAAUGUUGUACUUUCUAUUCUGGUG